CUUGAACGAGAUCGAGAUGCUAUCGCAGCUCCGCCAUCUUCAUCUGGUCUCCCUAAUCGGAUACUGCAACGAGAUGAACGAGAUGAUACUGGUCUACGACUUCAUGGCGCGCGGCACCCUACGCGACCAUCUCUACAACACGGACAACCCCGCUAUCUUGUGGAAGCAGCGCUUGCGGAUCUGUAUCGGCGCGGCGCGAGGGCUGCACUAUCUCCACACAGGCGGGAAGCACACGAUCAUCCACCGCGACGUGAAAACAACGAACAUCUUGUUAGAUGAUAAGUGGGUGGCGAAGGUUUCGGACUUCGGGCUUUCAAGAAUCGGGCCAACAGGCACGGACAAGUCCCACGUGAGUACCCAUGUGAAGGGAAGCUUUGGCUACAUAGAUCCCGAGUACUACAAACGAUUUCGUCUAACGGAAAAGUCUGAUGUUUACUCUUUCGGGGUUGUGCUGUUUGAGAUACUGUGUGGUCGUCCAGCUUUGAUUCACAGUGCAGAGACGCAGCAGGUAUCGCUUUCUAACUGGGUGAGACAUUGUGACCAAAAUGGGACCAUACCAGAGAUUGUGGACCCCACGUUGAAGAAGAAGAUUGCACCGGAGUGCCUGAAAACGUUUUGUCAGAUUGGAAUGAGUUGUUUGUUGGAAGAUGGGACGAAGAGGCCUUCCAUGAAGGACGUGGUUGCGAUGUUGGAGUUUACGCUGCGGCUACAAGAAAGUGCAGAGCAACACUCGUCUGAAAAAGGAGAGGAAAUUUGUGCGGAUAGCUUUUCUACUACUGACAUGUAUUUCACUACUACGACUACCACCAGUGAAGAUAAUAACUAUAGUAAUAAUACGGUGUCGUCUUGGACUCCUUUCUCCGAAAUUAUGGAUCCAAAGCCGCGUUGACCAAUCCAGUUAACGCAGACCUCUCCAAAUGCUGGCAUAAUAAAACCAAAAAGAUCGUGGGACCUCUGUACAACAGUAAGACUUUAGCAUUUUUGUCUCCCCAUUCAUAGAUUUAACAAGUUGUAUAUGAAAGAAAAUUAA